AUGUCGUUGAUCUGGACAUAUUUUACCGUGUGCCAGGACGAACCGAAACAGGCUGUGUGUAAUGCUUGUAAGUCUAAAGUAAGCCGUGGAGGAUCAACGCCUAAGACUUAUGGAACAACCAACUUAAGACGCCACUUGGAAAAGAAACACCCAUGCUUGUUUAGCAAGUAUAAAGAAGACACGGCUGCUAGUGCUAAGACUAAGAGGGAUGUACCUGAGUCACAGCAACAACACCCCACCGUCGCCCCUAUGUUCGACACGAGUGUUGAGAAGUCUAAUGCCACCACUCGAAAAAUAAUGGAGUACAUGGCACUGGACGACCAGCCGUUCAGCGUAGUGCAGGAUAAAGGCUUCGUCAACCUGAUUAAACACCUGAGUCCACGGUACAAAUUACCAAGUAGGCGAUACUUUUCUGAUACAGCGCUGCCAGAGUUGUUUGAGAAGGUUUCAAGCCAUAUACGCAAGCUACUCAACGCCACCAAAUCUCCGAUCAGUUUCACGACGGACAUUUGGACUUCUAACGUGAGCUUAAUGUCAAUGUUGAGUCUGACCGCUCAAUGGCUGGAUGAUGAAUUUGAGCUACAUCAAGUCCUGCUAUACUGUGAAGAAUGCCCUGGUUCCCACACUGCGGACAAUUUACGAGCCAAAUUUGAAAAAAUGAUGGCAGAGUGGAACAUCGACAAGAAGAGGGUUCAUGUCGUGUUGCGUGACAACGCUCGGAAUAUGACCAAGGCACUGGAUGACUGCAACUUCGCCAGUCUCCCGUGCAUGGCACAUACACUCCAGCUAGCGGUGAAUGAGGGACUGCAAUCUCAACGCGCAAUCACCGACGCCGUGGCAACAGGCAGGAGAAUAGUCACGCACUUCAAACACUCACCGCUAGCCUACUCGAAACUCCACGUUAUCCAGGAGGAGUUGGGUCAACCCAAGAAACGCUUGCAACAAGACGUUCCGACACGUUGGAACAGCACGUUUUACAUGUUGCAGUCGCUGUUGGAACAAAAACGCGCCUUGAGCUUAUACGCAACAGAACACGAGCUGCCGACAAUAUUCACCACACACCAGUGGGAGUUAAUUGAGAAUGUGUUGAGCAUCCUUCAACCUUUUGAGGAACUCACAAAGACAAUUAGCUCCUCGUCAGCCACCGCCUCGUCCGUCAUCCCUGAAAUCACUGCACUGAAGCGCCUUUUGGGGAGAGCAGCAGACACCGACCGUGGUGUGGGCACUGCCAAGGCCACGCUGUUGGAAGCGGUCCAGAGACGGUUUGCAGACAUCGAGAAGAAUCCACUGUACCUUGUGGCCACUGCUAUGGAUCCUAGAUACAAAACUUGCUACUUCUCAGCAGAAACAAAAAAUGAAGUGAAAAGGGUACUUCUGAACAUGCUGGACAGAGUGGACACCAGUGCCAUCAGACCCACACCUGAUCAGCCUCCUGAGGAACCUGCCAUCGCACCUCCAACCAAAAGGGCAAGCCUACUGCUUUCUGUGCAUGAUGAGAUACUGAUGGAGAAUGCUAGCAAUGAGGAGGAACACCUGCUAGGCCGCCCUGCAUCUGUUCAGUUACAGCGUUACCUCUCAGAGCUGCCCAUCAAGAGAUCUGAGGAUGAAACUGUAAAUGAUGUACUAAAAUACUGGCGUGAAAACAAAACACACUACCCUGCACUUGCCCCGCUUGCCCAAGCAUACCUCUCUGCUCCAUGCACAAGCAUUGAUAGUGAGCGCUUGUUUAGCUUGGCUAGUAAUGUCCUUGAUGAGAAAAGAAACAGGCUUUCUGGGGAGAAGGCAGAAAUGCUGCUGUUUGUGAAGAAGAACCUGCCAUUGAUGGUUGAGUGAUUGCACUGGGGGUGGGACAGAGCACUUUGUUCACAACUUAAAGCUACCUGUUAAUUUCAAUGUUAUUUUUUUAUUUAGAGAUGUCAAGAGAGGUCAAAUGCAAAUGUUAAAAAUGUUAUGAGAACCAGUUUCAAUUGACAAGAGCAUGUGGUGCACUUUAUUUUUUUUAUCCUAGGCCUAUAUUAAAUCCUGCACUUAUUAUGUGAAAAGAAAUAAAAGGCCUAAAAUGUGAUUUACUUAGAGAACCAGUUUUCAAGUGUGCAUGGUGCACUUUAUCUUUUGUUUGUCUUAAUAUUUUAGUUUUUUUCCUAUAUUGACCUGUAAACUGGACUGAAUGUUAUGGUCAGUGUUCUAAAUAAAUCUGCUCAGGGGGCACUGUUGAAACUCA